AUGUGGCUGCGCAAUGGCGCAGCGCAUGCGUGCAGACAGUCUGGAGAAGGCCCGCAUGGCUUCACAACUACCGCCUUACCGGCAACCAUUCUGCGUCUCCUUUGCGAGCCAUUCCCUGUCUUGCCCUGCCUCGUAGCCGGCCUCUUCUCUUUCACUGCCAUCCAGGCAAUGCCCAGUGAAGCCAUCAUCAACCAUCAUGCCAGCCAACAACAAAAUCCACGAUGCGGCGGCGAAGGCUUCCAGAAGACUGCCUCAUGCGACGACCGUGCGCUAAAUCCCGCAGCCCGCGCCGAACUGAUUUGUAGUUGUGUGUACCUACAACAACAACAACAACAACAACAACAACGCUUGUGCCGCACAUCCUCCCACGUCGUCAACUAUGAUUCGAUCUUCCCAUGCGCCGUGUAUGGGGCGGAUGUACUAUCCGUCAGCCCAUUCAGUGACCGGUCUGCUAGUCGCUUCUGCAUUGAAGGCUGUUCAUCGACCGACUUUCACGCCUACACCAUUUCCUUUCAAGCGUGUCAAUCAGGCAUCUCAAGGACCGUCAAGAUGACCAUGUCCUACCCACCCUAUAUCGACUCUCCUGUCGACGAUUUCGAAGACAUCAUCGACUGGAGUAUGGGUGAAACCUAUGACCCCAUCUUUGAAAGCGGUGGCAGCUUCCUGGACGGACAUGGCAACAGCUUUCCGGAUAGCUACCACGUCCCUGAGAGCAUCGCCUCCGAGCAACAAUUCACACCAGGACCACCUUUGCUAUCAGAUGGCCCGCCAUCAACGGGUUACACCGUCUCUGGCCCACCAUCGCUUCUUGAAGGCCACUCCUCAUUCGGCCACAUGUACGGUGCCUCUCCGUCAUUCGACACCACAGCCACAUCUCCGUUCGUGGAUCAGAGCCAUGAACAGUACUCCCGGUCAUUCGGAGCUGGUGAUGGGAUGAUGUCGCCUCUCUGCCGCAUCAGUGAAUCACCCGUCCUCGAUACACGCUUUGCUUUCAUCCCAGAUGGCACACAGCCGCCGCCCGAGUCAUACGAGACUGCAAGGGAUACCGUAUUCAACCCGCACGUCGCAGGCUCAUCCAACGCUUUCAGUGGCUUGGACGUCCGGAUUUCCCAGGUCUUCUCCAAUGUUGGUGGCUGGGCAGAUCAGCCCCAGAUCAUUGGACCAAUUGCAGAAGCGGAGUACUGUCCAGUCGAGUCGUCUCCAAUUCAAAUUCCUCAAACUAGCCCAAGCUUCCACCCGGCGACGACGUAUCCACGCUCCGAACGAACACAUGAGUACCACAACCGAAGUCGGGCAGUCACUAUCCCCGAAGCAGCUCAGGGAGCGUCAAGCUACAACCAAAGUACUUCGCACUCUCGACGGGCUCAGAGAAUGGCACCUACGCUAUCAAGCUCGCCAGUGGCUCACCGGCUAGCCAGGAGCUGUACAUUGUCUCGCGGUACCUCACAGUCUCGGCGAAAGCUGGCCACUCCAUCCCCCACCGAAUCCUGGGGCUGGGUAUCCUAUCAGCCAAACCCAGUAACCAACAGACUAGCACCCACCAGUACUGAGGGGAUGCAAGGAAGACCACUGAGAGGGCGUAAGAAGGGUCUAACAGCUGAACAGCGCAGACACGCCGCCUUGAUGCGGAUCGUUGGGGCCUGCACCAACUGUCAGCGUGGGAAACGAAAGUGUGACGAAGGCACGCCAUGCAAGCCGUGUAUUGAGCAUUACAAAGGAGACUUGGUCAAUCAUCCAUGUCGUGAUCGGCUUCUCACCCACCUGACCGACUCUUUCCUCUCCGAGCGUCUUGGGUGGCACCCCACUCCUAGAUCUCCGGGAUCCUUCACUGCACCCGGCGGUUUUGAUGUCCUGGCGGGUAUUACAUAUACGAUCCCAUUGAUCUUUGGCUUCGGUCCAGCGAUUCUUGUUCCUGUACAUCCCUUGCAACUAGAGGAUAGUCAUACACUGGUACACGAUCACAUUGUAUACUCUUGGCCACCGGAUAAGUCUCCAGAGACAUCGCACCGUCACGCCGUUCUGCCUGCUGUCAUGUCUACAGACAAAGCCUUUGACCUUGCACAAGUUCUAGACGACCACCUUUCCAAGCUAGUCACGCACCAUUUCCGCGGAUUCCCAUUGUAUUCCUCGCCCCUGCGAAUCCUCAGGGAAAUCUACAUUUUUUCCCGCUCCAUCUCCCCCUCCGCAGCCCACGCCCACACCCUCCACCAAGCCCUAAAACUCCUCGUCCUCGUCCACAUCGGCGGCGACAUUACGCUGGCCCCGCAAUCCGAACACCCGAUCCUCGCCCAACUCAUCCGCCACACCAUGGACCUCUCCUCCUCCUCCACAUCCGACCUCACCCCAACCCCUUGCUUCCUCCGCGCCCAAUUCGGCGCCAUCAUGCCCACACUCGCACAAUCCCUCAUGAAGCACGUGCUCUCCUCGCUCGAACAGCUCUACCUAAACCGCGACUGCGACGACUGGCCCAUGGCCCUCGCAAUCACAAUCACCAUCCUCAUGACCAUCGAAUCAAUCCACUACCACGCCGCUAAACUACCCUACCACCACAAUCUCUCCUCCUCCACACCACAACCACCACCAACACCUGACCUCCACGCCGACGACCCCGCCAUCCAAACCCUCCUCACCUUCUACACCACAUGCUACCCAAACUGCCACGCCCGUCUCAACCCCACCUGCAGCCCGGACCCCUCGCCCCGCACCCACCAGUCCAGCUCGGCCGAGGACGCGUUUGUAGAGCGGGUGCGGUGUGCGGUUGGCCAGGCGAGUGGGGCGGGGUAUUUGGCGCAAAAGGCGUAUGAGAAGAGGGCUGAGGGGGAUAUGGGUUGGUUUUUUGAUCGGUUGGUUGGGAGGUUGGUUGGGAGGGGGGGAGGGGGAGGGUGA